CGGGUUUGUUCUCCUGCAGCAUGUGGGUUUGUUGUGUAUAAUCGGAUUUGACUCUCUUGUGCUGCACAGUGUGGAUCUGUGUGUUUUCGCUCCCUGAAUUUCAGCUCUGAGUCUCCGCUGCUUCUCUCGGGUCUCUCCGGGCUGGUGUCUCGAUGGCGGCGGGCUCUCGGUCAGGAGGCGACAGGCCGUAUCAUAUAAUCGUGUUCGGGGCUUCGGGCUUCACGGGCCGGUUCGUGGUGGAGGAGGUGGCGAGAGCGGCGUCAGAGGGGCCGGGCGGCAGUCUGAGGUGGGCCGUAGCCGGGAGAAACCGACACAGACUGGAGAGAGUCCUGCAGCAGGCCGCCGUAGACCUCAGUAAACCAGAGCUGAAGAGUGUGGAGAUCAUUGUGGCAGAUGUGGCUCACCCUGAGUCUUUGGAAAUCAUGUGCAAGCAAGGUGCCAUCGUCCUCAACUGCGUGGGGCCGUACAGGUUCUAUGGCGAGCCGGUGGUGAAGGCCUGCAUAGAGAAUGGGGCUCAUUACAUUGACAUCUGUGGAGAACCACAGUUUUUAGAAGGGAUGCAGCUGAAGUUCCACAGCAAAGCGGAGGCAGAGGGGGUGUUUGUCAUUGGGAGCUGUGGCUUUGAUUCCAUCCCAGCAGAUAUGGGCAUAUUUUACACAAAAAGCCAGUUCAAAGGAACCCUUACUGCUGUGGAGAGCUUUUUAACUGUCAACACGGGACCAGAGGGGGGUUGUAUCCAUGAUGCAACAUGGCAGUCAGCCAUCUUUGGCUUUGCAGACAGCACCAGUCUCAGAAGCCUGAGGAAGAAGUUUGGCCAUAAACCUCUGCCUGUUGUGGGAGCAGCCAUUAAAAAGAGGGGUUCUUUUUUCUACAGUAAAGAGAUAAGGCAGUAUUCCAUUCCCUUCAUGGGUUCUGAUCCCUCAGUGGUGAAGAGGACCCAGCGUUACCUGCAUCAGGAGCACCAGCAGUCCCCUGUUCAGUACACUGCUUAUGUAGGUAUUGGUGGAGCAUUCUCUGUGGUGAAGACCCUUUUUGCAGGCCUGAUGUUUUGGUUCAUGACCAAAUUCAGUAUUGGCAGGAGUCUUCUGGUACAGUUUCCAGAGGUUUUCUCCUUUGGGGUGUUCUCUAAGGCUGGACCAUCGAAGAAGCAGAUGGAGGGAACCUCUUUUUGCCUCUCUUUCUUUGGAGAAGGUUACUCAGAUGGCCGGGAUCCCUCACAUGGCAAGCCUGAUGCUGCAAUCACCACACAGAUAAAAGGCCCAGAGCCUGGUUACAUUGCCACUCCAAUCACUAUGGUGCAGGCAGCCAUCACUCUGCUCAAUGAGCCACAGUCCCUCCCAAAAACGGGUGGUGUGUACACUCCUGGGUCUGCAUUCGCAGGAACGACCUUGAUUGACCGUCUCAACAAGCAUGGAGUCCAGUUUUGUUUGAUUAAUGCUCAAAAGACAUAAAUAAAUGAUUGUUUUUUUUUCUUAGGUAACACAGUUGCAAUUUGAGGUUAUCAAUUGAGCUGAGCUUUUCAAAAGACCUUUAUGUUGAAGAACACUGAAGCCAUGUUGCACAUCUUGCCUCCAGUUUUACUCUGGAUUAUAAGGAACUGCACAUAUUAAUCAGAAGUGCUAUCAAAACCAUAGUCAUACAGUCUCUCAUUGAUUGGUGUACUGUUACACAGCAUGUGUUUAAAAUAGGAUAUUUAUGUUUUAUUUAUUUAUUUAAAAGCUUGUUCGAGUCUAUAUAAAAGCACCUUCCAUGUAGGGAAUGAUUGUUGAAAUGUACAAUUUGCCACUAAUCUGGGAUCAGCCAAGAUUAGUGUAAAUAUUUUGCUUCUCUUGUUGAUUGCUGGGGCUAUGUGGUUAAUGUUGCUAAAACAUUUGAUAUUAGCAUAAUGUAUCACCUGCAAAUAACAAAGAAAGAUCAUAUGUUUGAGCACUAGUAUGCUGGUAUAAACCAGCUAAGAUUUGUUUUAUUUUUUAGCAGAGCAUCCUAAAUGCUUUUUAUGUAAAUGUGUGCCCACUUACUUCUCAGCUGCUCAAGUCACAUCCAGGCCUUCAAUAAGGCUGGACCUUUAUGGUAUUAAGGCUUUGGGCACAGUAAAACACAUGACUUUUUAUUAGCAACCAAAAAAACAUAUGUACACAUGAACACUAAGGAGAAACAGCUGUAUGCAUGUAUCCUAAUGAAGAAUAAGUGUUUGCGUGUAACCUUCUAGUGUGCGUUGGCCUCAAAAUUCUGGAGCUAGUCAAUCAAUUGUUUAAUAUUACUGACAAGCUAUGUGCACAAAAUAGUGUUUGGGAGUUUUUGUGUUAGUUUAUUUAUCUGGAUAAUGGAUAAAUUACAAGAGUACAUUUAAAUUCAUUUGUGAAGUGAAAUUUCUGUUUGAUUGAUAAAUAAAUAACCAUCAUUUGUCCACGUU